AGGUUAAGGUUUAUUGUGAUGACACUGCGUCGUAGAUGCCCGCAGUUGUUUACCGCGGUGUCUCGAUGAGGCUGACCAGGUGCGGACGUACAGUGACGAAGGGAGACUUCGAGCCGUUGUCGUCUUGUGACGGAAGAGACGAAUCAACGACGUGACGAGUGCAGAGAACGGUAUACAUACGUAUUGUAUAAUAUAAUAUAAACAAACAAACAAACAAAGGGAUAAAGAAACAGAGAGUGCGAGUUCGGGGAGGUCGGAUCGCGCGCGCGUGUGCAAUAGGAAACCCCUCGCGAAGGGUGAAGAAAGACGGUGGUUGUUGCGGAGGUGAUAGAAGACGAGGUGGACAGGGAAGAGGUGAAAAAGACGAAGAGGAGGAGAAGGAGGAGGAGGAGGAGGAGAAGGAAAAAGAAGCAGGACCAGCCGACAGGAGUGUACCAACCGGACUAAAUGUGCGUCAAUGGAAGGUAUAGGCAGCAGUGUUUCCGAUCGUCAGCACCAUAGCGAGCAAUUACUGGAAUCGGUCGAUUCUCCGUCGGCGGUAAUACCGUCUACGCAUGGCCGUCGCGACGGUGGGGGCUCGAAUGGUAACUGCGUGGGUGGGGGUAGACACCACGAGGGCAGUAGCCACGGUGGCGGGGGUGGUGGCUGCGUUGAAGGGAUGUCGUCUGCCUCGCAGAGUCCCGAUAUCGCGUGCGCGAGCCUACCGUUGGAACUGCUCGCCUCGGCCGGUGCACUCGGCGUCAAGGAAGAGAAGGAACGGGAACUCGGUGUCGCGGAGGACCUGUCCUCGUCACAGGAACCACCAGGAGGAGAAGGAGGAGGAGGAGGAGGCGGGGGCGGCGGUGGAGGCGGUGGAGGUGUUGGUUCCACUAGGGAGUCAUUAUCCGUCAUCGUGCCGCCGCAGGACGUCGACGUCGACUCUCGGGACGCCGACUCGGAACUCCUGAGUCCGGGUAAACUCUCGCCGACGUCGGGGAUAAGUGUGUCGGUGGCAAGCAUGAUCGACGCUACGGAUUUUCGCGCUAUGCAACCCGAGCCUACUUAUCAGACGCUUACUUCCGUCGCCGAGAGAAUGUCGCCGCCUGGUUUUAGUCCGGGUUCCUCCUACGCCACCCUGACACCGCUCCAACCGUUGCCACCGAUCUCUACUAUGAGUGACAAGUUUGUUUACGGUGUACAACACACCGGCAGCGGUGUUUCCGGUAGUUUCGCCGUCAUGCAGAACAACGGUCUUGGUAACAUCGGACUUGGUAUCGGGGGUUCGCCUUAUCCUUACGACAAGCUACCAUCCAUGGGUAUGUCACCUCCGCACAAUUAUCCAUCGCCUGGCGCGGGCCUUCAACCAAGUCCCUUGUCACCCCAGAGCGCCUACAGCCAGAGCGGUCUUAAUUCACCUCACAAGUCGGCCAGUCCGCACUACGAACCUGCCUUUUUACCGAGACUACAGCAAAGUCCGGCGGCACUUAGUCCACCCUCACCACCGACCUCCGCUGCGGCCAGUUUUGCACCAACGCAUCACUCGCCGCAGAGUUUAUCGGUACCGACUUCCUCGCCGCCGCCACCGAUGCAAACGCAAAUUCAACAGUCGGCUUUGCAGCAACAGCAACAGCAACAACAACAGCAGCAGCAACAGCAACAACAACAACAACAACAGCAGCAGCAGCAGCAGCAGCAACAGCAGCAAUCCCAGUUGAAUCAACACGCGCAGCAACACGCUCAGCAUACUUCGGUUGUUAUGAAGACCGUAUCUUCGGCUGGUAACGGGGCCGGUGAAGUUGAGGAAAUAAACACGAAGGAAUUGGCACAGAGAAUCAGUGCCGAACUCAAAAGAUACAGUAUCCCGCAGGCGAUAUUCGCCCAACGAGUGCUGUGCCGGAGUCAGGGUACCCUCAGUGACCUUCUUCGUAAUCCUAAACCUUGGUCGAAACUGAAAAGUGGUCGUGAGACCUUUCGACGGAUGUGGAAGUGGCUACAGGAACCGGAGUUUCAGCGGAUGUCUGCCCUCAGACUGGCAGCACUAAGCAACUGCUCUGAGAGUGGCGGUGACCCGGACGGCAUGCUGGACCCUCACCAUCCCGGAUCCGGAAUCGACACGCACCACCAACAGUUUCACAACUCGUAUGCUGCGCAAAUUCCACAUCGAGCAACAUGCAAGAGGAAAGAAGAGAUGGUGACCCAGGCCGAACACCAACAGCCCGCCCCCAAGAAACCACGACUGGUUUUCACAGACCUUCAGCGCCGUACUCUACAGGCUAUUUUUAAAGAAACGAAGAGGCCGUCGAAGGAGAUGCAAGUGACAAUCGCGCGUCAGCUCGGACUCGAACCAACGACAGUUGGCAACUUCUUUAUGAACGCGAGGCGGCGUUCGAUGGACAAAUGGAAAGACGAAGACCCGAAAGCCGUUGCUGUGGACGAGGGUCAAUUGUCACCGACGAUUGGCCUCGGAUCUCGGCAAGCAUCCGACGUUUUGUGACAUACGUCCGACCACGAGGAGUAUCACGACGAGUCCCCCGAAGAGGAUCUGCCCUUUUCAUAAAUCUUUUUAAAACACGCUGCACGGAGGCAGCCAGACAAACAAAUGCAUCCGCGAUACGGAAAGUGAGAGUCGUUGUUCGAUCAAAGCAGACAAACAAUCGAAAAUAGACGUACGGG